CUAUCUCAGUCGACCAAUCGACAAGCGAAUAAAAUGUCACAGAAGUGACGUGAAACGAUACGACAUCCGGCCAUCAACUUUUUAGAAGAGGAUUUGUUUUGCAUUUUCUCUGCUGUAGGAUUUUGAAUUAUUAAAAAUGAAUCAUCAAUGUACUUGUGGAGAUUCACACAGCGAAACUGAUCUUGGCGUACAAUAUAAUUUAUAUCAAAAAAUAGAUUUAGAAAAUGUUGAAUGUUUGAAUGAGUAUCAAGAAAAUACUGGUAAAUGCGUUUUUAAACCUUGGGAAGAACGAUUGAAUCAUGAUAAGUUUGUUGAAAGUGAUGCCGAUGAUGAACUUCUUUUCAAUAUUCCAUUUACCGGAAACGUUAAACUAAAAGGUUUAAUUGUAAUGGGUGGUCCAGAUGAUUCAAGCCCUUCUAAAGUGAAAUUAUUCAAAAAUAAACCAAACAUGACCUUCGAUGACGCAGAAUUGGAGCCAGACCAGACAUUUGAAUUGUGCAAGGAUGACUAUGGAGUUCAUGAGUAUCCAAUCAGGGUUGUAAAAUUUUCAUCUGUACAUCAUUUAACUCUUCAUUUCUCUGGUAAUAAUGGUGCUGAAAGGACAAGAAUUGAUUACAUUGGUUUUAAAGGUGAAUGGACACCACGACAUCAACACGGUGUAACUAUUUGUGCUUAUGAAUCACGACCACAAAUCAGUGAUCAUGUUUCAGACUUAAAUAUCAUAACCAAAGAAAUUCAAUAAUUAUAAUUACGUUAAUUGAUAUAACAAGUAUCAUAAAAAAAUAUUUUUUUAUUACUAUUUAAAAUAAAUAAAAACCACAAUUGAUAAUUGUUUCAAAUAAAUAAAAUUUUUCAUACUUUUAAAAUAUAAAUUUAAUUAUUUAUUUAAUUAAAC